UUUAAUAAGUAAAAAACUACAAGGGAAAGAAAUGGACUUGAGUGACUGCUCGAAGGGGUUCAAAAAAUGUUUAGAAUUCUUGGGAAGAUUUAGAGAAACAGGAUUUGUAGAUGCUGUGAUCUCCGCAAAAGAAGAAGCUGCUAAACUUGGGAUUGAACCUAUCUUUCCUCAGAAAAGGUUACGAAAACACAAACGCGUUUUUUCAUAUGAGUCUUCUGAAGAAGUCCAUACGUCACCAGAAGAAACCUUCAAGAGGGAUGUAUUUCUGACCUUGGUGGAUAAUGUUUCGAAUUCACUUGAAAAGAGAUCAAUUGCUUUGAAGAGUCAUGAAAAAAUUUGGGGAUUUUUGAGCAACAUUGCACAAUUGCCACAAAAAGAGGCAUUGAAACAAAAAUGUGUUGAUCUUGAAAAUAACUUAUAUGACAGUGAAAAUGGCGUAUCUGAUAUUAAUGCCAAUGAACUGUACCAUGAACUUCAACACGUUGGAUCCAUUUUGAAUGAUAAGAAAAAUGUGACGCCCAAAGAAGUAUUGAAUUUGAUUAAAAAGUCCAACAGCAAAGACAUGUUCACAAACUUGUGGGUUGCAUUAAGAAUUUUACUAACAAUUCCCGUAACAGUGGCUAGUGCCGAACGUAGUUUUAGCAAACUCAAACUUAUAAAAACUUAUUUGCGCUCUACAAUGGCACAAGAAAGGCUUAAUUCACUCGCGAUACUUUCGAUUGAGAAUGAAAUUGCAAAGGAACUCGACUUUGAAGAGAUUUUAAAAACAUUUGCUUAUAACAAAUCCAGAAGAACAUAUUUUAGCCUUUGAAGUUUUGAGUUUUAAUGUACAGUACCUACUGAAGAGGCG